AGCACUCAAAAAUACAGAAACACAAAAAAAUACCGAAAAACAAUUAAUCCACAAUGGCCCAGAGCACGAAAGAGGCCGCGUUGGCGGAAAUGGAUUUGAUUUUUCUGGACACAAUUCUGCCAAGGUGCUGCAAGGACAUAACCACCACCCAAGCUUUCUACAAAGACUACACGGCCGAUAAGCCAAAACGAACCGUCACCGCGUUUCGUAAGCAAACAGAUCCUGCCUUGAUUUCCGGUCAUUACACGAACAAUCUAAAGGUUCGGGGACAGGAGCUCAAGACAAGGACAUGGCCACGAUCCAUGGACUGGCGCGAGGAGUACGCCCAGUUCGUCAAGCGCAACAAGUGGUGCAACGAGGAGAUAUAUAAACUUUUCUUUGUGCAUCCACCCGUCGACUACUACCAAAUCAAGGAAUAUCUGCAGGAUCUGCUUAGAACCACUUAUACCUCCGAUUACUCCCCCAACCAUUACAAAUCGCUCAAAAGCCAGCGCAAGCAAAGGACGCGACCUGAUGCGGAUGGCAUCGACUAUCAAACGACCUAUGGCAACUAUCACAACCGCAUUCAGGAGGAGGAUCCGUUUAAGUCGAACCUUAUUCCUGAACCAGGGUCAGUUGUCAAGGAGAUAGACAUUGGAAAAUUCGCAAAGGAGAUGCGCAAACUGUUCACCAAGUACAAUCUUACAACUUAUUACGACACCAUAUGUCUCCCUGCGCUGAUAAAGGCCAAGGACGGAGUUAUGCCAUCGGGACCAAUCGAUCGCUACACACUUCGCAAGCAUUAAACGCACCUCUGUUAACCAUACGACUACAGCGAUAAUGCACUUGAGUUAAUAACAUUUUACUAAUAUGGCAAAAUUGACUUAUUAAAUAAACUAAACAAA